AUGGAGACCACCGCCGGCGGCGAGAUGGAGAGUGGAGGAGGCACGCCGACAGGGGAGUUCGUGAAUAGGAUCCCGGUGCCACGACCUCCCUCCAUUGAAGAGUUCACCAUAGUGAAGCCCAUUAGCCGCGGCGCCUUCGGGAAGGUGUAUCUGGGGCAGAAAGGCAACAGGUUGUACGCGGUGAAGGUUGUCAAAAAAGCAGACAUGAUCAACAAAAAUAUGACUCAUCAAGUACAAGCUGAGAGGGACGCCCUGGCCCUAAGCAAAAGUCCUUUCAUUGUGCAUUUGUACUAUUCACUGCAGUCAGCAAACAAUGUCUACUUGGUAAUGGAGUAUCUCAUAGGUGGAGAUGUCAAGUCUCUCCUACACAUAUAUGGUUAUUUUGAUGAAGAGAUGGCUGUGAAAUAUAUUUCUGAAGUGGCAUUGGCUCUAGACUAUCUUCAUAGACAUGGAAUCAUCCACAGGGAUUUGAAACCAGACAAUAUGCUUAUUUCUAAUGAAGGUCAUAUUAAACUAACAGAUUUUGGCCUUUCCAAAGUUACUUUGAAUAGAGAUAUCAAUAUGAUGGAUAUUCUUACAACACCAUCUAUGGCUAAACCUAGGCAAGAUUAUUAUUCAAGAACCCCUGGACAAGUAUUAUCUCUCAUCAGCUCUUUGGGAUUUCACACACCAGUUGCAGAAAAAAGUCAAGACUCUGCAAAUAUUCUUUCAACCCAUGUAUCUGAAACAUCACAGCUUUCUCAAGGACUAACUUGUCCUAUGUCUAUAGAUCAAAAGGACAUUACUCCUUAUUCUAGCAAACUACUAAAAUCAUGUCUUGAAACUGUUGCCUCCCACCCUGGGAUGCCUGUGAAGUGUCUAACUUCCCAUCUCCUCCAGUCUAGGAAAAGGCUGGCGACAUCCAGCACCAGCAGUCAAUCCCACACCUUCAUGUCCAGUGUGGAAUCCGAGUGCCACAGCAGUCCCAGAUGGGAAAAGGAUUGCCAGGAAUGUGACAACGCAGUGGGCUCUACAAUGAUGAGUUGUAAUACAGUCGAAAAGCCUUUAUGUACAAAAUCUACAAAUGCCAUGGAGACCAAAAGUUUCAAUAAAAGGGAUCUUGAGUUAGCCGUUUCUCCCAUUCAUAACAGCAGUGCCGAUCCUGCCACUGGAAACUCUUGUGGAAACCUUGCUGGAAAAUGUUCUUCUGGGGAAGUUUCUUGGGAAGCAAGAGAACUGGAUGUAAAUAAUAUUCAUCUGGCUGCUGACACAAGCCAGUCUGGUUACCGUCAGUCACAUCAAUGUGCUGUGGAUUCCAGUGGGGUGACUGAAGAACACCUUGGGAAAAGAAGUUGUAAAAGAAGUUUUGAGUUAGUUGACUCCAGUCCUUGUCAGGAAAUUAUACAGAAUAAAAAAAAUUGUAUCGAGUAUAAGAGUAGUAAUGAAAUGAGAGAUGGUUAUGCCAAUCAAAGGACAGGCUUAACAGCUGAAGUCCAGGACCUUAAGCUGUCGGUAUACAGAGAUCAGCAAAAUGACGGUGCUAAUAAGGAGAACAUGGGCAAUUCUUUCAUUGAUAAACAACAAACCCCAGAAAAAUCACCUGUCCCAAUGAUAGCAAAAAACCUUAUGUGUGAACUGGAUGACGACUGUGACAAGAGUAGUAAGAAAGACUACUUAAGUUCUAGUUUCCUGUGUUCCGAUGAUGAUAGAACUCCUAAAAGUAUUCGCAUGGACUCUGAUUCAUCUUUUCCUGGAAUUUCCAUCAUGGAAAGUCCAUUAGGAAGGCAGUCCUUAGAUCCAGAUAAAAGCAACAAAGAAUCCUCUUUGGAAGAAUCAAAUAUUGAAGACCUACUUCCUGCAUCCCCCAGCUGCCAAGAAAGCACCUUGCCGAGAGGUGAUGAGAGUCCUGCCGUCCAAGACAGCAACCGAAAAAUGUUAGCUCCUUCUUUGGAGGCGUUGAAAACAUUAACCUCUAAAAGAAAUGCUGUGGCUUUUCGGAGUUUUAACAGUCAUAUUAAUGCAUCCAAUAGCUCAGAACCAUCCAAAAUGAGCAUUACUUCUUUAGAUGUGAUGGAUAUUUCAUGUGCCUGUAGUGGUUCAUAUCCCAUGGCUAUAACCCCUACUCAAAAAGAAAGAUCCUACAUGCCAUAUCAGCAGACCCCAAAUCAGGUCAAGUCAGGAACUCCAUACCGAACUCCAAAGAGUGUGAGAAGAGGGGCGGCCCCCGUGGAUGAUGGGCGAAUUCUGGGAACUCCAGACUACCUUGCACCAGAGCUGCUGUUAGGCAGGGCCCACGGAUCUCUGACUUCAGGUCCUGCAGUAGACUGGUGGGCACUUGGAGUUUGCUUGUUUGAGUUUCUAACAGGAAUUCCCCCUUUCAACGAUGAAACACCCCAGCAAGUAUUCCAGAAUAUUCUGAAAAGAGAUAUCCCUUGGCCUGAAGGUGAAGAAAAGUUAUCUGAUAAUGCUCAAAGUGCUGUAGAAAUACUCUUAACCAUUGAUGAUACAAAGAGAGCUGGAAUGAAAGAGUUGAAACAUCAUCCUCUCUUCAGUGAUGUGGACUGGGAAAAUCUACAGCAUCAAACGAUGCCUUUCAUACCCCAACCAGACAAUGAAACUGAUACAUCUUAUUUUGAAGCCAGGAAUAAUGCCCAGCACCUGACAGUAUCUGGAUUUAGCCUAUAG